CACCACCGACGCAGCCCACACACGUGCCAGCCAUAUAAAACCUUUCAGCUACAGCAUUGGCCCCGAAACUGAGGCCAGGGGGGGCAAAUGCAGCCAUUUGCCUGCUUUUAUCCAACCCUUGGGGCUUUCCCCCCCCCCCCCCCCCACUGUCAGCAACCAUGGGGCACUAUUCCCACUGACACCAAUGAUGGGGCAUGUUUCCUCUUACUGACACCAAUGAUGGGGCACUAUUCCUCCCACUGAUACCAAUGAAGGGGCACUAUUCCUCCCACU